CAAAUCCAGACGCUUUCUGGAGUCCUUGUAAAGAAAAUGUUGGAAAUGUUUUCGGCACUAUUUCGUGUAGCAACUGUUCGCUGUUUGUUAUUAAAGUGAAUUAAUAAAAAAUAAAGUUAAAGUUCAAAAGUCAACCUGUUGCUAGUUACUUCCCAUUGAAAAGUUUGUUUGGAAAGUGUACAUUGUUUGUGUCCGAAACCGUUUAUUUCUUGUGGAAUAUCAGAUUUACCAAGAAUAAAUAUUGCAUAUUGACGUUAUCUUCUACAUUUGCCAGUAUUCCAUCGUUAGUAAAUACAACAAAGGAAUGAAGAGAAAAUUGUACGUCCUUCACACCCAGUGCGGCUUCAGCAAUCUAGAGUGAUGGCUCAGAUUUCAUUUUAAUAACAAAACAUCAUAAAUCAUGGAUUGUGUAGCUACGCUAGGCAGAUAUUGUGCCAUCAGAGAAGUUCCCUGCUUUUUUGCUAUAAUCGAGACACUGUAAUGGAGAAGAUCUACCAUGACUUAAAGCUUCAUUCCCCUAAACAACAGAAUAAUACACCGUAUAAGUGUAGAGGAAAUUACUAAAGGCAGAUUAUUCAAAACAGUGCGGAAAUAUGCUUCAUAAUCUAAUUACAGUUUAUACCUAAUCGUGCUCGGUUUAUUGCUAAAGAACGUGUAAGUGUGUAUUAUUAGUGCUAAGGGAAUCGCUGUACAUAAUUGCAAGAAGAAUGUGCUGUAACAUUUCAAAGAUGAAACGAUAAGCACCUCCUGUGUAUGUGUAUAUUGUUCCUAAGCUGUGGCUGAAAAUCUUCCUAAUGAGGAUUUAAAACGCCUAUGCCCCGCGCUGAACUGUAAUAUCAUAUCUUCAUCUAUAACUAUUCAUCAUAUAACACUUUGCUUGAUAACUACUUUCCGACUUACAUCCUUACACCUUCCAAUGCAAUGACGGUACCGGCAACCACACCAACUCAAGUACUACCAGAAACAGGGUCGAUUUCGUUCAAUCCCAUGAACGUACCGUGGUAUAGUCCUGCAAAUGAACAAAUCAACUCCACCACCGCAAACUAGCCCCGUCAAAGAUAAACAAAAAGAUAGAGGCAAAAUCAAAUAAUUUCCAUGGAAUUUCAUGAGAGCCUUGUGAAACUGAAAAACCGCACAACAACGUCCCAAAUGUUCAUCUCUAUAUUCACGCAGGUCCCACUCCUGAAAUUCCUUUCAGUUUCUCCUAACUAUUCCGCUUCGCCUUUCACAUAUGGAAUAGAGCGUCGCUUGUGAAAUCUGUUGCGGUUUUCUACACCCGGAAAUCAGAUAACAAAAGUGAAAUAUUCAAUAGAAAGGACUACAUCCGGUGUACCAGUAGAACAAGCACAGCAAGAGCGAAGGAAAACAAAAACACUGAACGUGGAAGACUAAAAAGGAGCUCAAUCAGGAAGCAUCGCUGCGUCCAGGUGAACAAGCACUCUGCUGCCUCGUGAACUUUGCUCUACCUCGUACUGGGAAGCAAUUAGCGACGAAUGAAAUGGAAAAGUUUUGGCUUUAUUUUUGGGGCACUUUGGUCACCUGGUGUCCCUAUUUGUCGGUCGGCUACCUUAAUGUGUUCAUCAACCACAAGGAGGUCAUGAAGUUAAUGGGACUGGAAGCGGAACUCUUUUACGUUCGAGAAGGUGCCAUCAACGAAUAUGCCUUGCCAUUUAUUGUCCCAGUCCCGGCCGACAUUUAUGAAUUGGAAUUUUCCUGGCAAGUCCUAACCCGAGAUCCACUUCCAUACGACAUCAGCAUAAGCUACGACACCAAAAAACAUGCUCUACUUCCACCCGAACUCAGCAUCCCGCCAAAAGGAUUCGUUCCGCUGACGGUCGAAUCAUUCACGAUUCGCCUUCUGUGCACUGGAAACGAAUCGGAGCAAGUGCCGAUUAUAAUUCACAUGCAUAUUCAGGGUCCACCCAGGACAAACGAUACCAAAUUAGAUUUUAGGCGAAAUAAAAUUUGCCUCAAAGGAGUUUACCCAGCGCGUAAUCAAUCGCCAGCACCUGCUCAAGCUCCAUCCCAAGGACCAGCCCUACUGGGUGCUGCCGCUUGUGCCAUGGGGCUCGUCCUGGUCGUUGGGCUCAUUGCCAGUGCCAUGUACGUCCGAGCCCGGAAACAAAUUCGUCAGGACUCGCUGCACACAAGUUUCACGACUGCAGCGUAUGGAAGUCAUCAGAAUGUAUUCAUACGGUUGGACCCUUUGGGAAGACCACCAAGUGUCAAUAGUGGAUCAUACGCAACGAUAGCUAGUUUGAAUAAAUUCCCAUUAACCGAAUCGAAAAAGUCCUGGUUCAAGAGUUCACCGACCCCCUCUCCAUAUGCGACAGCUUUACUUCCAAUGGGCGACCAAAUAGCAGAAACGAUAUAUUCCAAACCAGAGUCCAUUUGCCCUUCAAGAAUUUCAUACUACGCAUCCUCGCAGUUAACACAGGUCUAUAGUAAUUCAACGCCUAAAAGUUAUCACAGCAACUCGAAUGAAGCUAAAGACAAGUUAAGACGAAUUCCGUGUGUUCAGUCGGGAGCUCUCAAGCAUGAACACCUAAUCCGAGAGGGAACAUAUGGACGAAUAUAUUCUGGUUUCCUUGGAGAGAAUUGUGAUGUCCUAAUUAAAACAGUUGUGGAUGGUGCAUCUUUGACACAAGUAGCUUGCCUACUCUCAGACGCAUCCAUGCUGAUAGGAGUAAGUCAUCUUAAUAUUCUAGCACCGAUGGUCGCCAACGCUGAACUGCCAGGACCUCCGGCGAUAGCAUAUCCUAAUCCUGCAAAGGGAAAUUUAAAAAUAUAUUUACAAAAAUCAAAAGAGACGAGCUCUCCACUUAGUACACGCCUUUUAGUUGAAUUUGGAUUACAUGUAGCCCGGGGGUUAGCUCAUCUACAUUCAUUAGGUAUCCUUCAUAAGGAUAUUGCAACAAGAAAUUGCUUUUUGGAUGCCGACUCAUACGUAAGGAUAUGUGAUAGUGCUCUGUCACGUGAUUUAUUUCCAGAUGACUAUCAUUGUCUGGGGGAUAAUGAAUGUCGUCCGAUUAAGUGGAUGGCACUUGAAACACUACAAAAGAAAUAUUAUUCACCAACAAGUGAUAUUUGGAGUUUAGGUGUAUUAUUUUGGGAACUAGCAACACUAGCAGCAAUGCCAUUCGAAGAAGUCGACCCGUUCGAAUUGGGACCAUAUUUAAGAGAUGGCUAUCGACUGGGGCAGCCCGUUAACUGUCCCGAUGAAUUUUACACGGUGAUGUCAUGUUGCUGGUUAGCGGACGCAAAACAGCGGCCAUCGUUUCCUCAACUAUUAGCCUACCUCCAGGAUUUUCAUGAAGACCUUGGAAAGUACAUAUGAACUCUCAACUUUACGUGGAGAAUCACCUCGUAGUAACAAUUAUCGCCUAACAUUGUGCAAAAUACUAGAAGAUAUGUUGAAGGAGCUGAAACUGGAAUUGUACAUAAGGUUUAAAUUAAGGAAAAGUCAGACAUGAAAAUUCGGUAUUGCUACACAAUUAAAAAAGAGAAUGUAUCCUUAUUAGAUAUUGUUAAUGUAAUUGUUAACUAAACAUAGUUGUAAAUUUUUUAUAUUUAUUUUUGUUAACGAAGUAUUACAGAAUAAUAAAAAUUUUAAAUGGUAUAAAAUAGAAA